AUGUAUGCCGCAAUCCGGCCAACAGUGCGGUCAGUGUCAAUAGCACGACCCAAAGCACGCUUCAUCCGUGGACGACGAUUUCCAACCCAGUCUCGACAUCGCCCGUUUCAUACUUCACGCUCCCUAGCCCAGACACCGAAUCCUCCCUCCACUCCGGAAAACCAUGCCUUGAACCAGAGCGAUGCAGCAAAGACGGACCCAGACAAUGUUGCGGCGGCGACAGCAGCGGCGGGAGAGCAGUCAUCGGCUGCGGCACACCCAGAUGACCCAGACUUACUCGCACAGAAGCUACAACGGUCGAAAGAAAUGGCUCGGCGGUAUUCAUCUGCGUUGCGACGGUCUCAAAGACGAAAUCGCGCCCAGGGUCUUCCUCCAAUACACAUUCCAGAUUGGUUCUUGAACCGAAGAGUGCGGUUACGGAAAGAAUCCCAAAGACGAUGCGGUAGCCUUGCGCUCACAAUACAGCAUAAGGAGUCAGGAGAGCAUGCUACUUGCGAGAUUCCUCUGCUCGCCGAGUCGACCGGUGUGAAAGGCGUAUCCGAGAUGUUCAGGGCAAUGUGGGGAAAGGGAUUGAGUGCUAAACAGAUCGAAAGGUUCGGUCGCAACUUCGCCCAGAGUUCGGGACAAGAGGCUAUUGGAGUUUCGGAAAAAUCAUUCGGGAAGAAAGAGGCCGUUGUAGAGGACCAUGUUGCUGCCACACCAGAGGAAUCGCUGCAUACCGAACAAAACGGAGUCACACCGGCAGAUACUUUCGCGAAGAGGGAAGAGUUCACCCAAAAUCGGUUCCUUGAACACACCAAAAUACUUUCAGAGCGCAAGGCCAUGUCUCCGUUGUUAUACGCAGAGAUUCGUGCUGCCCUGGCGGGAUCCCUUUCAGCAAUACAACCCGCUAUCAGCGAUUCUUUUCCAUCCGCGAAAACCAACUUAACACUCCAUUCCCCAUCAUACCGGAAUGAACAAGCGUUAAACAGCAUUAUUUCAUCUCUGGCAUCUGAUCUCGAUGCAGAUCUGAUAACGCUGACAGCUCAAGAUCUCGCCCAGAUUGCCGGUGAUUACCUUGGAGAAGGACCAGAACCAACGCCUCACUCAAUACGCUCGUUAGGGUACGAGACUUAUAGAUUUGGCUCAGAAUUUGUCACUGAAGUUGAAGAACUGACGAGGGAAGAUGCUGCAGAAGAAGAACAAGGCGAAGCGCCUGAGGGUGCACCUGCUCCUGACUUCAUGCGCGGCAGUAUUCCAGUCUUACGUAUCCAGAGCUCUUCAAUUAUUAAGGGUCUCAAGGCGCUCAAGGACUACACACAAAAUCUUCAAAAUACACCUCUGGCAAGUACUGGCCCGGCGGACGGCGUCAUCGCAACUGCCACGGUAGCACCCACACGGAAUCAGUCGCAUAGCGAGUCCCAACUAGAAGACUUAAAGUUGGCAACACUCUUAGAGACAUUGGUCGAUGCCAAUGAUCUGAAGCGUGAUAGAGCGCCCGCAUUGACCGCACAGCGCGAAAAGACAGCAGAGCCUUUCCCGCCCUCUCCCUCUCCAGAUUCUCCAUCACCCCCUAGGUUCUUUGACUUCUCUACAAGCCAGGAAGGCGCCACGCAAGAUUUCACAGAAAUGCUACCUGUGAAAGUCAGACCAGGAAAUACUGUUACAGUUGAUUUCCACCCAUCUUUACGGCAGUUCAAUGCCGUAUCGAGGCCCAAGAUCAUCCAUAUCAAGGAUAUCAAAGAAUUGAGUGCUACACAAAAUGGUAGCAGGAUUAUUCAAAAAUUGGAAGAUAUCAUCCGCAAACAGAGAAGUUCAGGCCAGAGCGUUAUGCUUCUGGGUACCACAUGCUCUGAAGAAUUCAUACCUGAAUUUUCGUCAAGUGGAGUGCAAAGCUUACAGACUGAGGGCGACGCCGGAUUCUUUAGGACGAUUGUCGUGCCAAUCCUAGACCUUCAGCACGAGAAUUUCUGGAGCCAUGAUAGUCCCUUCGAUGCGACAUCCGCCGCAAAAGCUUUGGUGAUGGAGAAAGGCUCCUCUCAAGCACAGAAGAGGAAGUAUCAAGAGAUCAAUGUAGCACAUGUCCAAGACAUGUUGCGAUGUCUUGACCCCGAAGCUGCGAAAUCUCUCUCUGACCCGGAACAAGCCUUGCGACAAGCUAGGGCAUUCGAGCAGAUCUAUCCCAGCUCCUCUUUCUGGAAGAUUCUCAGCUACAACGAGGUUCACCGGGUCGCCAUCACCGCACUGGGGCUUCAUGUGCUAGAACCCAGUAAUGGGCAACUGAGCUGGGCUCAUGUUGCGCUGUCUCUUGGACUGCUUAAAGCCAGUGAUGAGCAAAAGUAUGCCUGGAUGACGCUUUACUCCUCGUAUCCAUCACCAUCUGCACGAGAGCAAUUCCGAGAGCAGAUGGAUAAGAUCAGAGAGGCGGAUGGACACGAUCCGAUCCGCAGAGUUCGUGAAAAACGUGAGCAAUUACAGAAAAACGCGGAGAGUCUCAAGCGCCAAAGGGAGAUAAGUCGUAUUGGGGCAACCGCGAACAAGCAUGAGAAAAAGCUCAUGCAUGGAAUCGUCAACCCAGAUCAGAUUAAAACAACUUUCGACCAGGUGCAUGUACCACGGGAAACGGUCGAAGCAAUUCGUACUCUCACGUCUCUCUCUCUUCUACGCCCAGAUGCAUUCAACUAUGGCGUGCUUGCGACCGAAAAGAUCUCCGGAGCGCUUUUAUAUGGUCCUCCCGGGACUGGUAAGACACUCCUUGCCAAAGCCGUCGCGAAAGAGAGUGGAUCUACUGUUCUCGAAGUCUCAGGGAGCCAGAUCAUGGAUAAAUACGUCGGAGAAGGAGAGAAGAAUGUUGCCGCCGUAUUCUCUCUCGCCCGGAAACUAUCGCCGUGCAUUGUCUUCCUUGAUGAAGCAGAUGCCAUCUUUGGAUCUCGCGAUUCAUCAAGAGAACGCACUUCGCACAGGGACAUUCUCAACCAAUUUCUGAAGGAAUGGGAUGGGCUCAAUGAUUUAUCCGUAUUCGUCAUGGUUGCUACGAAUAGACCAUUUGACAUGGACGAUGCUGUAAUCCGUCGUCUGCCACGACGCCUCUUGGUUGACCUACCCACCCAAGAAGACAGGAAGAAGAUCAUGGAGAUCCAUCUGAGAGGCGAACAACUAGACGGCUCUGUCGACUUGGGAGAACUUGCGAAGCGCACUCCGCUGUACAGUGGAAGUGAUCUCAAGAAUGUAGCCGUCUUUGCGGCACUGGCUUGUGUUCGAGAAGAGAACGAACAGGCUGCGAUUGCUGCAGCAAAGGCCGCUGCGGAAAUCGCGCAGUCCCUUCCUGAGCAAUCAGACUCUCAGCCUACCGUCAGCGCAGAGACCUCCGUUCAGCCUACUCCCGUGCUCGUCCAAGGACAAAAUUACAGCUUCCCAGAACGUCGCACGCUUCAUCUACGCCACUUUGACAAGGCCUUGCAAGAAGUCAGCGCCAGCAUUUCAGAGGAUAUGAGCUCAUUGACCGCAAUCAAGAAGUUUGACGAACAAUACGGCGAUCGAAAAGGGCAAAGGAAAAAGAAGGCAUAUGGGUUUGGUGUUCCAAUGGAGAAAGAUGACAAUGCUGCGCGGAUUUUGGGAUGCAUUGGUGGUGUUUGGGUGUCACUGGAUCAAUACAAGCCGAAGUCAGAUGAUGAUGAUGAUGAUGAUGAUGAUUUCUUACUGCAGUUGUGCAUUGCUCUUCGUAGCAGACAUGAAACAACCGGGCCUACCAGAGACGGUAACGCUCGCAGAUACGAGCCAUCGCCAAAGCGAACAAACAAACAUUAUCGUCGGGUACGGUAG